CUGCCAGGGUAAACGGUCGAAGCAGAUACAGAGCAAUGUUUAAGCAACAUUUAGACAGACACUUGGAAAAAAAACAGCCAAGGAAUAGAAACAUGUGGACCUUGUAAAAUUAGAUGAGAUUAGUUUAGAUUGGCAUUAUCGUGUGGAUAUCAUGGGCCAAAUGACCUUUUCCUGUGCUGUACUGUUCUAUGUAUGGCUGUAUGGUAAUUCGAAUUUCACUGUACCUUCAUUGGUACAAAUGACAAUAAAAUGACCUUUGAACCUUUAUGUUGUACCAGUGGCCGAUAGUAAAAUCACUGCUAGGAACAGAUAAUGAAGGCAGAUUCAAUUGAAGUACUUAAAGGGAAGAUAAGUGGCUUAAAAUAAUUUGCAAGGCUAUGGUAGCAGGGAAGUGGGGACUGGCUUGAGUGCUGUCAUAUGGAUUUUGCAGGCCAAAAGCAUUCUUAAAUGGUAUAACCAUUCUGUGAACAUGACAAAAUAUAAAAUUUGUAUAGAUUUACAUAAUUAAUGUGCCAAAUUAACUACAUCAUAUGUCUUCCUCAAAUGUUAAGAAAUUAUACACAUUUCUUCAAUGAUCAAACAUUUAUCCACAUUCUAUCCCCAAUUUUUGCCAUGAUCCAAACAAAAAAUGUUGGCUAUGUAAAGCAUUUUAACACAGGAUCUUCUGGAAUUUCAGAGCUUUGAACUUAAAACUGGACUACUUUGAUGUGCCUAAGGAGCUGAGCGCUGAUGUUUUUAUUAUCUGUCUAGAACCAGUAGACAAAUGAUUAAAAGAUUGGCAUUGACAACUGACAUUCACAAUCUGGAAAACACUUAACAGCAAACUUUCAUUAUCAGAACAAACUAAAGAGGAAUAACCUUUUGUAUAAACAAAUACCGGUACAGAUUGGCAGUUGGAAAAAAGUAAAAAAAUUAGCCAGACUUCCUGUGUCUGAUUGCUGUUCGUAAUCCCCAGCUGGAAACUGGAUGUGCUGGCUUGAUCAGGGUUGGUUGCAGUAAUUCUGAUUGUUGAUUGAGUUAGGAACAUUCACAGUUUGUGCUAACUUGAUACCUUCACGGGUGCAGUACUGGAUGACUGCCAACACAAGUGGUGACCAACCCCUGUAGGAAUGGCUGUACAAAUAGGAAGAGGAGAAGCGAUAAGGCUGCUGUCGUUUACUUUUUUGGGGGAGAAGGAACCGUUAAAUAAUUUUAUCUAAUUUAGUUUUACUGCAAGGUUACUCUGACAGCCUGACAGUGAUCACCAACUCUUUGCAUUUUGCAUGUGUGUUGUAAUACAUCAGACUUCCCCCUCAGCAACAUCAAAUCGUCUCUGCUGUAUGAACUACAUGCUUUCCUGCUUGAGAUUAUAAAAACACUGAAGAAAAUUAUUAUAUGUUUUGAAGAAAUCAAUUUGAAUAAUCUGCUGAUGUGUCAGGUUUAGUUUCUACACUUGUAUGCAAUAUUGUAGUUUUGUUUCAGAGCCAGAAAUAUUUUCCUAUGGUUGCGUGAGAUUCCAGGAGUGUCCGGACAUUGCAGAUAUGAGCAGAUGUUACUGAACUAUUCACAUCUGUGAGUCAGCUCCCCAUGAAUUGAGCUCCUUGUAAAGCGUGCCCUGAGAUGGUGAUUCUGUUUUUUUCAAAUCUGUUCAAAUUUGGAGCAAAUCAGCGCUUGAAAAUGGAAUUUAAAGGAGAUUGUUUUUGUUUUCAAUAUAGUUGGACCGUUAAAAAAAAAAACUUUUUGGAAUGAACAUUUAUUUGCAUGAGGUUGACAUUAAGCCAAAGAAGAAUAAGAGGAAGUUCUGAUGGAAUCUGUGGGCUGUUUCUCGUCCAUGGAGGAAAAGAUUUCAGCCAGAAUAGAACUGGAAGAAUGUGGAAACUAUUAGAUGAGGAGUCCUUAUGACAAAUAUGAGCUGGGCCUUUUUAACACGUCUUCUUGAAGAAAUCCACAAUCAUUCCACCUUUGUUGGCAAAGUAUGGCUUACAGUGCUGAUAAUAUUCCGCAUAGUGCUGACUGCAGUUGGAGGGGAGUCCAUUUAUUCUGAUGAACAGAGCAAAUUUGUCUGUAAUACCAAACAGCCUGGGUGUGAAAAUGUCUGCUAUGAUGCAUUUGCACCUCUCUCCCAUGUGAGGUUCUGGGUUUUUCAGAUCAUCAUGAUUUCAACUCCAUCUGUGAUGUACCUUGGCUAUGCCAUCCAUAAAAUUGCCAGGUCCACUGAAGAAGAGAAAAAAAACAAGUUCUUCAAGAAUAAGAAAAUACCAACCAUACGAUGGCAAGUCCACCGAAAUUCAGAACAAACAGAGGAUGAAGAUGAGGAGGAACCAAUGAUCCAUGAAGAAGCAGACAGUGAGAAAAAAGAGGCUGGCAAAGAUCAGAAGCAUGAUGGGAGACGACGCAUCUUGCAAGAAGGUCUGAUGAAAAUGUAUGUUUUCCAGUUGAUUUUCAGGGCUCUAUUUGAAGUAGGUUUCUUAAUGGGACAAUACUUACUGUAUGGAUUUGAAGUUAAUCCGUCAUAUGUCUGCACUAGAAGUCCUUGUCCACAUACUGUGGACUGUUUUGUCUCCAGACCUACAGAAAAGACGGUCUUCCUCAUUAUAAUGUAUGUAGUCAGUUGUCUUUGUUUGAUUCUUAAUAUUUGUGAGAUGUUUCAUCUGGGCUUUGGAACCAUUCGAGACGUCAUUCGUAUAAAGCGGCGGAGCCAGAAUAACAACCGACCUUUUCCUUACCAUUACCCUCGGAACAUUCCGUCGUCACCACCAGGUUACAAUCUUGUAGUCAAAUCGGACAAGUCCACCAAGGUCCCUAAUGGUCUUGUUGCUCAAGGCCAACACUUAACUAAUAUAAUGCAAGACCAUCAAUCUACUAGUCCAGAUGACAAUAUCCCACCUGAUUUGGCAAGACUUCACAAACACCUGAAAGUUGCCCAGGAACAGUUGGACAUUGCCUUUCAGGGUUAUAACAUGCAAGAAAAUGCACAGAAAUCCAGGACCAGCAGCCCAGCAUCAGGAGGUACUGUGGCAGAACAGAACCGUGUCAACACUGCCCACGAGAAACAGGGAGCUAAGCCCAAACCUGGUUCAGAAAAAGGCAGCUCCAGCAGCAAAUCUGGAGAUGGGAAAACAUCUGUUUGGAUUUAAUUUUUGUUUUGUAUUCAAUUAAGUUUACAGAUAGUCCAUUGAAAAAAAUAUGGUGAUAGUCACUACCUGCAUAUUUUACUACAAUCUGCUAUCUAUUAGAUAACCAUUAUAUAAGUUUGGUUCUUUGGGUUACUGGAAUAUAGUUUGUAUUCAGUGCUUCCAGCAUGAAAUUUUUCAUGGCAGGAUUAAUCAAAGAAUUGGCCAUGUAUGGUUGAUUUCCUAGUCUUCAAAAUCAAUGGACGGUCACAGUAAUCGGGCACGGUUAUCUGUGUACAAGUUCCCUGAACUGUAAACCAAGUUGCGGUAGUGGGUUCAUAGGGUAUCCUCUCCUUAAACAUUAGAAAUCUGCUUGUGCUCAACAUCAAACAGUAGUAACCUCUGUGGUUCAUUGUACCAACAGGUUUCUGUACUAACUGAUAACAGUUAGCUUUAUUUCAAUAGUUGUUUCUUAGUAACCAAUUCAUAUUAUGUUCAUGGGUGGGUUCAAAAGGACGAGUUCUCCAAAUUGUAAAAUUUAAAAUGGAAAUAUAAAUAUGAGUUCUCCAAAUUGUAAAUUAAAAAAAUGAAAAUAUAAACACUGAUAUAAUUUUUAAAGGCUAUGUUUUUUUUCUGAACCAUAUUUUUUGUUAUUUCCUUCCAUGUGAAAGAGACUCUCCUCAAUCGCACAUUGUUUGCCAUCUUCCAGACUCAAAAGCUGACAUUUUCAUGCUCCAUUAUACUUGUCCUCAAUUCUUUCUAUUUAUAAAUUUAUUUUGUGUUGUCCAUAUUAUCUGUUUUUGAUGAUUUUGUCCCUCAAAAAAUACAAACCAUCAUUACACAAGUUGAACAAUUUUAUCUUAAUAGGGAUGUUGACCUAGGAAAGUUGGCCAGGGAAUGUCAUAAAUCAUAUGUGAGAUCUCGCUUCUAUAAUUAAAAAGGGCAUUGUGAAGAAUGCUCUUUUUAUAAAACAGAAUGGCAGAUUCUGGUUAAAAUUGCUGGGAAUGCUGUCAUUACUUAAAAUGUUAAUCUAGAAUUUUUUUUAAAUGCUGUUGGUUAGUAAAGGCCUUCAUACCAAUGGAAGAUUGAUUUAUAUGACUGCAUUUGAAAAUUAAAGCUGGUGCUACAGUGCACUUAAGCUAAACAUCACAGUUUAAACCAUUAUGCACAGAACUUCACUGAAUACCAACUUCCAGCAAAGGGAAAUAAUCCUGAAAUCUGGAUGUUUUGAUAAUCUGUUUGGCAAAAGAUGUUAAAUAAAUGUUUAAAAUGUCCAGCAGGUUCAUUAUAGAUAUUUUAUUUUAACCAUAGAGGAAUGCUUUUGUACUAGCUCAAUAAAAGAGCCAACUAUUUAAAUCCAACCCAAUACCAUGUUGUUUAUGCAUUCAUAGGAUGUAGCUGACAAACUCAACAUUUAUUGCCCUUCCCUUUUGGUUCUCAAGAAGGUUCUGGUGAAAGGCUUUAUUGGCCUGAAGCAGGAUUUCUAUUAAAAAAAGCACUCCUGGCUAGGAAUCUCCAGAAUCUUGAACCAGAAUGAAUUAUAAUACACUUCCAAGUCAGAAGGUAUGUGACUUGGAGGGAAACUUACAGGGAGUGGCAUUCCCAUUUGCUUGCUUCCAUUGUCUGUUUAAAUUAUGGUAAUUGCAGGUAGUUAAGUUGAGGAAGUCUUGGUAAGAUAAUGUAUUUUAUAUUUGUUGCAUACAAAGUCCCAUCAGUGAAGAAAAUAUUCAGGGUCACAAAGCAAGCCACUUAUCAUAGGAUACCCAUCCGACACUAUGUUCGUGUUCCGAUAAUAUUUACAUGACUGCUCAAGUACUGGUGAAUGAAGCCCAGGGAUUUUUUUGACGGACUUAAUAAUGGUAAUGUCACUGGAUUUUGGGAUGGGGUAUGUUUAGAUGAUCUUAUUCUUUAUCAGAACUUAUAAUUUUGGCAUGUUUUUUUUCUCUGAUUAAAUCUUACAAUUUGUAACCCAAUCUUACAAUUUAUACCCCUAUUCUUUGUGAAUAGGGGAUCAGAAUGUGAUUGUGAAAGCAAAUUAGAAAUAAAAUGGAGUCCAAAAAUAUGGUAGAUUUAACUUAUGGCAAUAAUAACUUUAACCAUUUGUAAGAUGUAGGUUCAAAACAUUUCCUAAAUGUUUUGGGGUUUAUUGAUAAAAUUGGCCGUCAGUUUCUAAAAGUAACUUACAGAUUUGAUUUGCAUAAGUUACUCUUCUGUUUCAUAACAGUCAUGUAUGCUUUGUACAGAUUCACAUGAUAUUAACUACAAGCAGAUGGUGUGAGUUAUUUGCAGUUUGCAUUAGUCUUUUUAAACAAUACAAUUCUAUUCAAACUGAUGGCACUCAACAGUAAAAACAAUAGUUCAGUAUCAGAUAUAACACAUGCAAUCAUGUAAUAUACACACAAUGAUAUUUUGUGAUCAGUGAAUCACAAUAGAUCUAUCGUGUGCCUGUAAAUUAAAUAUUCGACUAUAAUUUCUCUUUCCUGGUCUCCUUAAAUUGCUCACCUGCUAUAGUAGAGAAGAUGAAUAGAUUUCAAUUGACUUGCUCCCAAACCUUCUUUCUUGCUCCUUCUUGAGCUAAUAUGUAAUGGAACAGCUUGGGGAUUAAACUAUUUCACAAGGAAACUAGUCCACCCCAUUAUUCUUUAAUUAUUUCUUUGGAAACAGCUGACUUUUACUUAAAUCUUCCCCAAGUCAGAAAUUCCGAAAUACUGCAAGAUUGAGCCUCCCCCUGCUAAUUUUCAAUAGACAGAUGAACAACAGCCUGUCCUGAUAAAAUGUUAACCAAUCAUUGAUAUUUUUGUGCUUUAUAAUUUACAAUUGUUUUCAUGGAUUAUUGUCAGUUGCUGUCUCAGUCUGUUUUUGCUUACCAUUCAAUGUACAUUAUUGCCUUUCAUUUUGAAUUCUAAAGAAUUUUAAAUUCUCUUUGUUAAUGGAAAAAUUAAGGACUAAAUGCUGCAAUUUUUCCACUGCUUUCUAUGUUUUAAUAAUAAAACGGCAUCAUGACAUUGAAGGAAUCCCAAUCAGACAGACAUGCCACGAAAGCAUAGCUAACAUGCCCUUAUGUGUGAAUUAACCUGCUGUGCUUUUCUUUUUUAUUUCUGCUUUCAAGCAAUUUUUAAAUCUGCACCAACCUUUUAGAGUGCACUCAGCUCAAGUUAAUAGAAAUUACUGGGUUGAAUGAAGCUCAUGUUCAGGAUAAUUGGUUUAUGGUUAACAUUUGCAAAUAUACAUUGGCAAUAAAUCACCCAUUUGAUAUUACCUGCGGCUUUAUUUUUCUAUGCAAUAAAAAUCAGGAUCAAUAUUUGCUUGUUUACCACUUGUGAUAUUCAGCUUGAAUAACUUUUUUAAAGCAAGUUUUUUUCCUACUAAGUGCCUUAGCUGAUGAAAAUAGAAUUACAUUUAUAUGUUGAGAAAUGAGAGUAUAUAAUGGUAACUGCAUUCUUAGAUCCAGUGUACUUCCAAUCAUACCAUGCAAAGAAUGUUUGUGAAGAUAUUUUUAAAGGUAAUCUCAUCUCAAUGGCUUAGUAAACUGUUUUUCAUUCAGUUUGUGCAUCUAGUUAUUCUUUUCUAAAAUGAUGUUCCAAAAAAUGCUGGACAAACCCUAGAGGUUGAUCGGGGCCUUGAAAAGAGAGUUUAAUAUUUCAUUAAGGCAUGCAGUGCAUUUAUAAUAUUUCAUGUUUCAUAUUUUCAAAACUUGUUGUAUCUUCUCUUUAAAUAUAAAUUUAUCUUUAUCAUG